GUACUCGUAGAUUUUUCAGUGAAACGCGCAUCAAGUAUCCAGAAAUGAAGCAAAUCGAGAAAAUUCAGCCCAGCGGUCAUACUUAUCUGCAAUGGGCAUUCACUAUUUUGGCUAACACAUCGUUCCUCACAUACGGCCUACAAAAUGCAUGGGUGUCCCCCAUGUCGAAAGUCCUGCAAUCAGACCAGUCACCUAUUGGGAGACCCUUGACCAACAACGAGUUGUCGUGGGUGGGCAGCGUGCCGUCCCUGGCCGGCGUGUUUGGCGCACCCUUGGCGGUUUACAUAGCAGACAAAUAUGGAAGAAGGAUCGGCAUUAUGAGCGUGGCUUUUUUGCAAGCGCUUUGCUGGGUCAUCAAGCUUUUACCAUUAACAAUCGAGACCUUGAUACUAGCCAGGAUAUGCUGCGGUUUAGGAGGAGCAGCCACCUUUAACACCGUGCCAAUAUACGUGAAGGACAUCUGCCAGGCCAAUAUCAGGGGAAGGACAGGCCUAUUGAUGAUGCUCUCACAGAACAUAGGGAUCCUCGCCAUGUACGCUAUGGGCGCGUACCUCGAUUACUACAUUGUUUUGUGGAUCGUUCUUGUUAUGCCGGUGCUAAGUAUAGCCCUUUUAUUCCUGGCACCGGAAUCGCCCGCAUUCCUGGUUAAAGUUAACAAAGCUGAGGAAGCCACAGCAACGAUCGCAAAACUCAGGGGACUAGACGCUACAGAUAAAGUGGUACAAAACGAAAUGGAUAUUAUAAAAAGAGAAGAUGAGGCUUUCAAGUCUAUAGCCGACGUCUCGUUCAAGGGUAUUUUGAAACAGCGAGCAUGGCGGCGUGGAUUCUUCCUCAUGAUGGUAAUCAUCAUCGCCCAUGCAUGCAACGGCGCCUUCACUAUAAUAACCUACGCAUCGAUGAUCCUCAAACAGUUGAGGGUGAUCGUGAGCCCGGAGUUACAGUCCCUCUCCAUACCUGUGUUCAUGAUCUUCGCAUCUCUCGUCUCCAUGAGUCUUGUGGAAAGGCUCGGUAGGAAGGUGAUCCUAGCCACGUGUUACAUCAUCUCAGCAAUAGCCUUGGGUUCGCUGGGCACCAUUCUUGUCCUGCAGCAGCAGGGUAUGACCGUGCCUGGGUGGAUGCCUAUCGUAGUCAUAAUAGUGACAGUGUGCUGCUAUGCAGCCGCAGUCUCGCCGAUGCCAUUCGUAAUCAUGUCCGAGAUGUUCAACUUUCAAGUCCGAUCUAAAGUAAUGUGCUGCCUGCUGAUCGAGGCGUGGCUGUUGUCGUUCAUGCAGCUGUUCUCCUACACACGGAUUGCCGACGCGUUCGGGGCUCAUGUGGCGUUUUUCAUAUUCGUAGCAAUUAACGUAUUUGGCGCUUUCUGCGUCCUCGUCUUCCUUCCUGAGACCAAAGGAAAAACUGUCGAGGAAAUUGAAAAUGAUUUGUUAAAAAGAAAACUCCGAUGAUUGUAAAUGGAUGAACGGUUUGAAAAUGGAUUUAAAAUAUAUCACAUCGGCAACUUAU